AUGGAUAAGGCUAAAUACAAGAACGUUAUUCACGCUUGCUCGCUGAAACGGGACUUGGAGCUCUUCUCACAUGGCGAUCAGACCAUUAUCGGUGACAAAGGCAUAAACCUCAGAGGUGGUCAGAAGCAAAGAGUUCAACUAGCUAGAGCGCUUUACCAGGAGGCUGAUGUCUAUCUCCUCGACGACCCUUUUAGCGCUGUCGAUGCUCACACUGGCUCCGAACUCUUCAAGGCUGUGCGUAAGAGAGUGAGGGAGUUCAUGGAGAAAGAAGUUGCCCCAAUUAUGACAGAGUACUGGGAGAAGACAGAGUUUCCAUUCUAUAUUAUUCCAAAGUUUGGAGCUUUGGGUGUUGUUGGUGGCUCCAUCAAGAGACUGAACAAAGAGAAAAUCAUUUCUGGUUUGCUCGGUAGUAGAUGA